AUGGGGAAUCCAUGGAAUAAGCCGGAUCAUGUCCCGAUCCUGCACCCGGAAGAUUUCAAUGCUAUUUCAAGAGACGGGAUCUCCAUUGAUCUGAACUUGGACAGAGUUAGAGCUAACAUGGAGAUGCUUGACCGAGCAGUGGUGGGGAAGAUUCUAGGUAGAAGAGCUUCGUUCUUCUUGUUGAAAUAUGAGAUCCAAAGACAAUGGGGAAGGUUUAGAGAGUUUCAGCUCACCUCUUUGGGUGCGGAUUGCUUUAUAUGUAUUUUUACUUAUGUGGAAGCUAGAAAUGAAGUGCUAAGGGGCGGCCCCUGGUUUAUUGGUGGCAAUCUGGUGGGAUUGGAUAGGUGGACACCCAAUUUCUCCCCUGCUUCUAUGGAGGGAUUGUCGUCUCCGGUUUGGAUACGAUUACCCAAUCUCCCAUUGCAAUAUUGGGAUGAAUGCAACAUUGCUCGGAUCACCACGAAGAUCGGUACUCCUUUAUGGAUUGAUGCAUUGACAGCAAAUUGUGGAAGAAGAGAGUAUGCUCGGGUAUGUGUGCGGAUGAAUUUGGCAAAUAAACUCCAGGCGGGAGUGUGGGUCAAUGGAUGGAACGGGAGGUUUUAUCAGAAGGUGGAAUACGAAGGCAUUGGCAUUAUGUGCUUCGGCUGUGGUAAAAUUGGCCAUUGGAGGGAUCAUUGUCCUUUGAAGGAUGGUGGUCAUGGGGAUGUCGGAAUGAGGAAGGCAGGAGAGCAGUUGAAACAGAGUGAGCCAAUGGUGAAGAACCCCGAGCAAUCCUCAGGAAGGAUUGAGCGAGCUGAGAAGGUGCAAACCAAGACAGUUACUCAUCCUGUGAUCAAAAUUGAAGGAGGUGGUCAUAGCAAGGGGGGAGACAGCAGAAUUAUGGAAGGAGGGAAGGAUGUUAAGCAGGGAGCUAUUGCCGGAACUUCCAUUGGGAAGGAAUGUGAUCAGGAGAAUGAUGAGGAGGUGGGACCGUGGAUUCAGGUUCCCCCUCGACGAAGAAGGAAUAUGAGACCUUCUGGGAGGAAUUUUGUUGGUAACAACAAUAGACAAUUACAGAGUAAUUCCAAACAAGUUGAUUUGGGGAAGGUUGAAGCUCCUCAGAGCACUCUGAGACCUACUCAUAAGCAGAACAUGAUGGGAUUUAAGAAACCUUUACCCUUCACGGCAUGUAUGCCACUUCCCUUGCCAAGAACCAAUCGAUUUAAGUUUAUUAAAGAACUUAGUCAAUUGGGACCUAUUACGGAGUUUUCAAGGAAAAGGAGGAAGGAAAUGACAGACAUCACUAAUGGUGGAGAGGAUUCUCCUAUUGAUUCUGGUGGUGGGGACGCUUCCCCAUUUGUUUUUUAA